UAAUAAAACAUUUUUUAUAAUAAUUAACAACAUAUAUCCUUGUCAUACUUUGUUUCUCAUACGACUCUAGCGCUGUUAACCGUUUUACUUUAUUUUCUAAUCAUGACCAACAAUAACGACCACGCUGCUGAAGGUGGCGCCAGGUCCAAGUGGAGGCGCAUCUUGAAUCGCUUGGUUGCACGCAAGCCGCUCGAGGUGAUUCUGAGCGAGGGCAGAAAAACGCAGAUGAACCGGGUGCUUUCUCGCCUCGAUCUGAUCGCCGUGGGUAUCGGUGCCAUCAUCGGCACGGGAAUAUUUGUGUUGACCGGCGUGGCGGCAGCAGAAAAUGCUGGCCCGGCAGUUAUUGUCAGCUUUAUAAUAGCCGGCGUCAUUUCUGCCCUUUCUGCUUUUUCGUACGCAGAGCUCGCCUCGAUGGUGCCCAUUUCGGGAUCUGCAUACACGUACACGUACGCCACAAUGGGCGAGCUCAUGAGCUGGAUUAUCGGCUGGGACCUUAUUCUCGAGUACCUGGUCGGCUCAGCCACUGUGGCUGUCGGGUGGAGCGCCUAUAUAGUGAGCUUCUUUCACGACGCCUUCAAUGUCAAAUUCUCAGCAACUACAACCCAGGCACCAGUCAUAUGGGACAGCAAGGAGCUUGCAUUUAAGGUCAAUCACGGGUCGUAUAUCAAUAUUCCUGCAAUGUUUGUGUCUCUAAUGGUCACUGCCUUUUUGCUAAUGGGAAUCAAGCAGGCCUCGUGGAUCAACAAGGUUAUCGUGUGUAUAAAGAUACUGGUUGUCCUGCUGUUUAUUUUUGGCGCUUGCAAGUUUGUUGACCCCGACAACUACCAUCCGUUUGUUCCGCCUCGCGAGGGCAACUCGUACGGCGUCAUUGGCAUUUUUAAGGGCGCUCAACGCGUGUUCUUUGCCUACAUUGGAUUUGAUGCUGUGUCUACAGCCGCGCAAGAGGCCAAGGAUCCGCAGAAGGACUUGCCGUGGGGAAUUUGUGCGUCCUUGGGGAUCUGCACUGUGCUGUAUAUUGGCGUGGCAGCAGUCAUGGUCGGCAUCAUCUCGUACUCUGAACUCAAGGGCAUUGCGUCGCCGUUGACUUACGCACUUCAGUUUCACGAUAACACCAAGUGGCUGCGCAUCCUCAUUGAAAUUGGCGCUAUCUGCGGCCUCACAUCAGUCAUUUUGAUCGGGAUGAUGGCACAGCCUCGAAUCCUAUACACUAUGGCACGCGACGGCAUGUUCCCCAAGAUAUUUGGGCGUCUGCAUCGCCGUUUCAAGACUCCGUUUAUUCCGACGCUAAUUGCUGGUUUGGUCUGCGCUGUGCUCAGUGGCGUACUGCCUGUCGACAUUUUGGCUGACAUGACUUCGGUCGGCACCUUGCUGGCAUUUAUACUUGUCAACAUUGGCGUUAUAAUCAUGCGCUUUACCCACCCCGAUGCUGAGCGCGGAUUCAAAGUUCCUGGCGGACCGUUCUUAAUCCCAAUUCCAGGUGCUGUCAUUGCGCUGGUGAUUCUUGUUUUGUCAGACGGGCCGACUCUCUAUCGGCUUUUGAUUUGGCUGGCAAUCGGUGUUGUUGUCUAUGCCUUUUAUGGCUACCGCCACUCGCGCGUGGGUAACCCAGAGCGAUGGUCAGAAGAUGAUGUCGCCUACUUUGGGGAUGGCGGCGUUAUUUUUGAUGGCGACAAUGAUGGCCACGAACAUAAAGGACAGGGUAUGGAAAAUGUUGGCAAGUCUGAUCCAUCCGCAUUAUUGACUGUUGGUAACAAUCAGCACCACAAUGACAGCAAUGCUGGCGCAAAUGUUGCUGCUUCUGCGCGAGAGUGAAACACUGUUCAAAGCAAUGCCUUUUUAAUAUAGCUAUACAUUUUUGGAGAAUGGGAAUAAAAAUGGUUUUGAUAGUAAAG